AUGGUGAAGAAACACAUUUUCUUUAAGAAAGAGUUCAAUAAGGUGUUUUGCCGACAAGGAAGACGUUACUCUCAUGAAGUCCAAACUACUACACAGUGCCCGUCAUCCACAACUGCGUGCGGCUUUUUUGAAUUCAAAUCACCAGAUCUGGAGAGAGGAGUUGAUAAUAUAGGUGUAUAUGAAUGUGUGGACAACGGUAUUCUACAGACCAAUGCCAAUGAUGUCAACGAAGAUAAUUUCAAGCUUUUUACUCAACUUUGCGGUGCAACACCGCAAUGCUCGCAUUUGAAUCUGAACAAGCUGAAUACAGUGUUCGUCAAGUAUCUGUUCGUUCAUCACAAUAUUCAGUUGGAGUUGUUGACGUCACACACGAUUCGCUUCUGCUGUUCGCUCUUCCACCAUACCCUGCAAAAACUCGUGACGUCGGGAAAGGACAGACUGCCCUCCAUACCUGCCCCACCUAUUCACUGUGAAUCUGAAAUAUGUGAAGAAGACGCAGUCGGCUGCUUACUUCAUUCACUUGCUGCUAAUGAAGAGUCCGAUGAGUACUACGACGACGAUGAUGAUAAUCAUGGUAACGACCAUGGCAACAACUACGGAAGACGAGAAAGCGUUCGUCAAAAACGUCAACACGAGGAGCACCGAGUAGAGGAGGACGAGGGAAUAGAUGCAGUACAGCUUUUUUUCGAUUUCGAAGAAGAGGAACAUGAUCCAUCUUUGCAAUUCGUCACGCGAGUUCCAUCGCCCUCACCGUCUUCAACGACCGCGCUGAGGCAAGUCGGAGUGAGCAGGCUGACACCAUCGCCGUUCCUGAAGGCGUCACCAGCCGAUCGCUCACAAACUACUCCUGCGGCUCUGAGUAACACUCCUGGCGAACACAUUGAUGAUUACGAGGAGCUGGAUGACAUGGACGACGUGCAUUGCGUUUAUAGACAUUUGAAUGACGAAUUGUACAGGUAUUGCUUGCUGGUGCAUCAAGGAAAGGACGGAGACAGCUUCCAGAAAGGCAGUGAGAAGGAACUAAUUCGCGAUUACAACUCGGAUCUCUUCAGUAGCCAAAUCGCCCUUUCCUCAUUCGAAAUAAAAGAGUAUGGACUUAUCGUCCUACCGCAGGAACGUGGACCAACUCCUGAACCAUGUCAAGAAACUUGUGAAACUUGUGAAACUUGUGCGCUUCUCACAGAGCGCUUGAACGGUGCCUUCUGA